AUGUACUUGCCCUGUGGAAGUACACCAACGAAUACGAUUGCUUGGACGGUAAAGAGUCAAUCUGAAAUCUGUAUCUUUUCCGCUCCUCGACCUCACUCAAUUCAUGCAAAGCACACUAUUGGAGGCCUCUUGGUUUCAUUUGCGCCACCUUUGACAAGUUAUGAACUUAAUAAGAUCAUUCAUUCAUGGCCUCAUCUCAAUGAUAAACAAGCUACAUAUACGCUCGAAGACACUUGGACUUAUGCAACAGCGUUUAAGAAUUUUGACCCAAUCAUCUCCAUCACUCCAGAGUCCACUUCUUUUCUCCUUCUUGCUGUGCCAUCAGCCAUCUUGACCUGGUCUAAAGAUGCCGAAGCUCCGGACAAAGGUUUAACUGAGUAUCUGUUGUGA